UUCGGCCUCUUAUCAGCAAAACAUCCAUGCCAACUCCCAAGAAAAAGUUGUUGUUACUUAUAUCAUACUCUUGGAACUUAAGAGUUUUGUUCCCCAAACUAUCAAGCACUUCAUAAAUCCAAAGCGCUUCAACCCUCUGGCCUCUCUCGCUCGCUCUCUCUCCCUCUCCCGGGCUCUCUCUCGUCACACGUUAAGGGAAGAGGAGCCGCUUUCGUUCAGAUUCAAGGGGGUGCCAUUGCUGAUAUUAUGCAAAGGAGAUAGUUCAAAGUGAGUGGUUUAGCAAUAUUGUGGUGGGGGGAAUAGUUUGGAGUAAUUUCAUAGAAGAGAAUCACAAUGAUGAGGCAGGUAUCCAGUAGAAACCAGAGGAGCAAGGGGCUUAGGGUGAAAAAUAUUCUUCAGUUGUGCCUCCUGGCUGCUGUCUGCUUCUGGCUUGUUUACCAGUUGAAGCAUUCUUAUAAUAAGAAAAGGGCACUAGAAGAGAGGAAUUUGAAGGCUUCGGAGAAGAUAGUCGAGAGUCAGUUAGAGUUCUUAAAACUUGGCAGGAAGGAUCUCUCUCGUGGUGAGGAGAACAGCUCUGGGAAUGGCAUUCAUGACAAGGAAGAAGGCAAUGAAGAAGUUGAAGAAGAAGAAGAAGAUCGGGAGGUCAAACAAGCAAUGGAGGAUGAAGAAGCUGGAGGAGAUGGAGAUGAUGAGAUAGAUGAGCAAGAUCAAGAGAGAGAUGAUGAGCAGGAGGAUCAAGAGAGGGCUGAUGAGGAAGCUGAGAAUGGAGAACUGACCAAUGAAGAAGACAAGGAUGGUCAGGGUGAGGAGACACAGCCAUUGGAUGACCAAGACCCUGAAGAGGAUUCUUCUCACAAGGCACGUGAAGAAAGUUAUAAAAGAGAUGAUGUAUCCAGUGCUGUACGCCGAGAAAAUCAAGCAAAAAAUUCUGAUGAUGAAGAUGGUGAUGCGGGUGAGGAAGUAAUGGAAAACACGGAGGAGAAAUAUGUGGAUGCGGAUGAUAUGGCUGAUGGAGCAGAUGAUGCUUCGAAGACUAAUAGUGAUUUGAGUGUUCGAGUGGCAGAUGUCUCCAAGGAUAAUAUUAUGGGUGUUGUUUUGGCAGGGAGCAAGACCAACCGGGAUGACUAUCCAACCACGAACAGGACUGUUAUCGAGAAAAAAGGAUCGAAGUUUGGAUUCAAUAAUUCGGAAGGGUCUCCCAGAAGCAAUCAGAGAGAACUGCAGACCAACUCUACAACAUCAUCUGCAACUAGCAAUCAUGUAGAAGCACAUGCCAAUUCAACAUCAGCUGUAUCCAACAAUCAAACAGAAACACAGACUAGCUCAACAGUAUCUGAUGCUGUGCCUGACAGUGUGCUUCUCGAGAAUGAAACUUUCGGCAGGGAUUCAGUUCCAAAGCACAGCAUUAUGGAAAAUUCUGAGGGAAAUAAGAUCAACUUGAAAAAUGUGAUGAUGGAAGGACUGGCUGAGAGGUCUAAUACAACUGUUGGGCGAGAGGAUGCUGGAGAGCACUCCUCCAUGUCCUUGGGUACACACAACAGUGGAGAUCCAAUUCAGGGUGAAUUCACUGAAUCUUUGCAUAAAAUGGUCACAGAAGAAGAGAGAGACGCUCGUAUAGAUCUGUCAACCUUACGUGCCAUGCAAAAUGAAGUAAAGAGCAUGGCAGAUGAAGCUGCAAAGUGACGAUGAUUUCAGGAUGCGAAAGGCUUCUGCAUUGGCUGUGAAAGUGAGCUUAGUAAAGUGGCCUUGUUAUCUUUGUUUUUCUGAGGUAACCUUGAGCGUUUGCACGAUAACUUCUCUGAUGAUAUUUCCAUGGGUACAUGCAAAGUAUGCCCAUUACUGAGAUGCGUAGAUGAUGGAAUCUGAAAUGUUAAUCAAAGAGUAGCUCUACAUCCAGAACCACGCCCGACUUGUUGGGGUUGCUUCUCUCUAUUUUUGUUAUUCAAGUAAAGACUUGAACUCCUUUCUUCUGGACGAAUGAGCUUAAUAGGGUUUGGAUGAAAAGAGCCAAACUCCCAACUCUACCAACUAUUUUGUGAAUGUUCAUAUGUUCUUGAUGACACCAACAGCUAAGUUUCUAGCCAUGACCUGCAGCCUCUGUACUUUUGAUUUAAAAUUUCCAUAUUUUGGUAACCACUCAGCUUGCCAAUGUUGGUGCCAU